AUGGCUUUCUCUGGGACAUCCUCGUCAUGGCUGGCAUCAGCCUUGACUCUCCUCUCUCUAUUCUCUCUUCUGAUCCCCACUAAUGCCUUGUACUUCUACAUGGAGGGCAGGCAAACGAAGUGCUUCUUCGAGGACUUGCCCAAGGAUACACUUGUGGCCGGCCGCUUCGAGACACAUGUCCUCCAACCUCAGUCCAACACCUACGCAAUCGACCACAACAUGAAGGUGCUCAUCACCGUUGAAGAGACCUUCGACAAUGACCACCGAGUUGUUUCCAAGCGCGACAGCCACUCUGGCCGCUUCCAUUUCUCCGCUGCCGACGCCGGCCAGCACAGAAUCUGCUUCACGCCGGAGACCGAUGCCACCUCCGGCUUCAUGUCUUCUUCUCUGGGUGCUGUCAAGGUCAGCGUUGAUAUUGCCAUUGGUGAGACCAGCAAGAUCGAAACCGAAGACAAGGACAAGAUGAAGGACAUUGUGCAGCGGGUCAAGGAUCUGAACAGCCGGUUGCACGACAUCCGCCGUGAGCAGGUGUACCAGCGGGAACGCGAGUCCGAGUUCCGUGACCAGUCCGAGACUACCAAUUCUCGCGUUGUUCGCUGGACUCUCAUUCAGCUGGCCGUCCUUUCCGCUGCUUGCGCCUGGCAACUCUCGCAUCUGCGGUCAUUCUUCAUCAAGCAGAAGUUGACCUAA